AUGGACGACCUGAAAUGUGGAACCGCAGCAGUGAACCCACAUGUGGUGGAUGGCGGAGGAGCUGGGAUGCGGACAGCGGAUCCUAUGAUGACCAUACCCCGAGUUGGAGACCUCCCUGCAACUCAAGACCCCAAUGCCCCAAGUACCAUGAACGACACCACCGGUCACCCUUUAGGUGGUCGCGCUGCUGAAGAGGCAGUGUCUGCAGAAGAAGACUGCGAGGAUGGACUGGAUGUCACCAAUGAGUACCUCAACGAGGACGAUGAGUAA